GUAUCGUGCGGUGGGCGCCUUUCUUCGGAAUCGAUCGAAAUUAUCAAAAUUAUCAGAGAACCGAGAAAUUACCGAGAAAAUUCCUCAGUUAAUAGUUUGGCUACGCAGCUAGGAAGCGAGAUUUGGCAAAGAUGUCUAAUUACAAGCCUAUCGAUAGCGCGAAGGAGGACUUCCGGAAGUAUCUGAAUCGGCAGGGUGUCCUCGAUGCCAUCACGAAGGUGCUCACAAAGUGCAACUACAACCGUCCGGAGAACGCGAUCGAGUUUCUGGUGGAUAAUCUGGGCGACCGCGUGAAGGAGGAGGAGACGAUUGCACGGCUGACGAGCGCCCUGACCGAGGCUCAAAAUGAAAUCGCGCGCCUUAACAAAAUUAUCAACACCCUGAAGGGCAAUCAGGAUGGGCAGGAGAAGGAAGGUAGCGACACACCGGAGACCAUCACCAGCGAGGAGAAUCCCACCCCCGAGAAAGUUCCUGCUACCGACAACAGCGGUAGUACGCUGGUGGCGUCCGUUGCAGAUGAGGUCGUAAAAGAAGAGCCGGCAGUGCCGGUAAAGGCAGAAUCUACCCCAAAGGAACCGGAACCGGCGCAGGAACACGUCAAGCAGGAACAGCCGACAGAAGCGGCUGCAACGACGACGGUGACGGCGACGACGACGGCGACGGCUCCCGCCAGCGGAACCAAACCGGCCGACGAGAAGGCAUAAGCGGUAAAGACCUUCGUCGGUUGUUAUCAUUUAGAUUAAGCUGGCCACAUUCAACUUACGCGGAGAUCGGAGAAGGGGAAGGUAUCGGUCGUGUUCAUGAAAACAUGAAUCGCCGGUGUAGAAAUAACGGAGCAAAGACACAGGCUAGACUGUAGGCAACUGAUUCGUCCACACGUUUAUCAACUCGAUGUUGAAGAGAUUUCCUUUGCUUUACCACCGCCAUAACCAUUCAUUAACGAGUUAAAAGUACAAUGAUCGAGCGCGCGGCUCAAUCACAGUCCGAUCGUGUCCCGGGCAGCAGCGGCAGCCGGAGUAUUUAUCAUAGCAUCAUUCCUGGCACAUUUCUGUCCUAUCGUCAGAAAUGCGCACGAACCAAUGAUCUCGUGGCAGUGAAUAAACGGGGGAAACGAGA